AAGAAGAAGAAGCAGCAGAAGAAGAAAGAGAAGAACCCACGUUUGUUAAAGCCUCUCACAUUACAUUUGCAGCGAAGGCAGGCAGCGGGUUACCUCUAUCCGAGAAAAUGAACGGACUAAACGACGAGCCAAUGGCACCGCAGACCUUUCUUUAUGGGUGUGUUCUGGCAGCCGGCAAGGAGGUGGUCUUCAAUCCUGAUGAUGAUGAGUUGGAGCAUCAACUAGAUCUGAGGAUGGCAUGUGUGGACCCCAGCUCCAAGGAUGAACUCCACUUGGUGGAGGUUGAAGGACAGGAUUCAGAGGGUCAGAAAGUCAAGGCAGCGCUAGUUUCACUCAAGCCGUCCACCCUGCCCAGCGUGUGUCUUGGUGGGUUCACAGUCACACCCCCAGCAGUGUUUCGUCUGAAGACCGGUUCAGGUCCAGUUCACCUCAGUGGACAACACCUCAUCAUGAUGGAGAACGACCAGUCUUUUGAUGAAGAAGAUGAUGAAGAGGAAGAAGAGGAGGAGGAAGAGGAAGAAGCCGUUCCAGCGUCAAAGAAAAGAUCCAUCCCAUUCCCUGCUGCCAAGUCUCAGAAAAAAAUAAAAAUGGAAGCAGGGGAUGACGAUGAGGAGGAAGAUGAUGAGAAUGACGAAGAGGAGGAUGAGGAUGAAGAGAGUGAAGCUGAGGAAUCACCAGUGAAGGCCAAACAAACUCAACCCAAAGCAACUCCGGCCAAACAAAAGGGCCCGGCUCAGAAUGGCAAGAACUCCGUGCAGAGCACACCUGCCCCGAAGCAGAAGACCCCCAAGGUUAAAGCCGAGAAGUCACCGAAGACUCCGGCAACUCCCAAAGUGAAUUUAACCUUACCUCAGCUUAAAAUUAAGCUGAUGGAGGCAAUGAAGAAGGGUGUCAUGUUACCUAAAGUGCAGCCCAAGUUUGAGAACUUUGUGAAGAAUUCCAACAAAGUGUGCGACCCCCAGAUCAUUGCAGAUCUGUGGAAGUGGCGGCAGUCGCUGAAGGACGAAAAGUAGCUGACUCUGUAGUUUUUACCAAUUUUAUGACCUGUUCAUCCCCAUAGCCUCUCAUAUUCUCAAAGUCUAAGUCUGUGCCUCAGUUUUCCUUGGAAUCACUCUGCCUUCCUGAAUGUAGAGCUUGAAUAUUAGUAUCACCCCCUCCUUUAGACAAAACUGAAGCCUUUUCAAAGAUUACUGGAAAUGAAAGUUUCUGGACUGUUAGGACACGAGUGUAUGUAAAUUUGUUUUCGCUUAUAUCUGGUUCAAAUUGAAUUGUUCUCUUGGGUGUAAAAAGCAUCACAUCAUACAAAAUGCAUACCUUGUUAAAUGACUGUUGAAAUAAUCUACCCCUUUAUUCCUGACUUUUGACUCUACCAUGAUCAACUUAUUCAAAACUUGUCAUGUUUAACCGUCCAAUUAAUGUUUUUUUUUUUUUUUUCCCCUCAUGAGUAAGAAGUUGGAUAAAAUGCAAUUCAGCUUUGUCAAGUUGUUCAAACUUGAGUCCCUUAGGGCCGUCAACGGUAAGGCUGUGUAUCGUUGAAAGGUGUUUUAUGCCUUAGGGAGUCUGCAAAUGACUUGUAUCUCUCUGAAAUUCCAGUGUGUGCUCACAAUUCAAAGGUACAAAUUCAAUGCUCAUUUGACUAAAGUAAGAUCAUGAAGGUGUAGGAGUGGUAAAUGAGAUCAUUCCAUUCCGUUUCCAUUUUAGUUACAUAAUUUUUUUUAAUCUUUACUUUUUUUUUUUUUUUUAAACCUCUGGUUUGAUUGUUCAUGUCUCAAAAUUGAUUAAAACAAUAUGGCGUGGCUCUUAAUUUUUUUUUACUGUUUCUGUUAGAAUCAGAAAUGUUCCCAGGUUUCAGGAUGCUUGCAGUGUUUGAUCUUUUUUAUUUGAAGCAACUUAUUAAAACAAUAAAAUGAAAUUAAUAUUUGG